AAAGUAGCCGACGAAGAACACGUCAGUUGAAUUGUUGGCACUACACUGGGGAGCAUUAUUUUUGUACGUAACUGAGUUCUAGAAACAUUUAAAACAAUUCGAAAGGUAUCUAACAAGCCACACGGUCUGUUUUGUAGGUUGUUGUUGUUGUUGUUGGUAAAAUGUUGCACAAAAAGACCACGUCAUGUUGGUGGUCAAUGGCUGCCGUCGCCUGUCUGCUCUUUGUGACCGCCUUCCACAUACGUGGCGUUCAAUCAGCGGCUGUAAUGUCCGUUGAUUUGGGUUCGGAAUGGAUGAAAGUUGGCAUUGUCUCACCGGGAGUACCCAUGGAAAUUGCUUUGAAUCGUGAAUCAAAACGAAAAACUCCAGUCACAUUGUCCUUCCGCAAUGGUGUGCGAUCAUUUGGUGAUGAUGCAGUAACUGAUGGCAUCAAAGAUCCAGCUUCGGCCUAUAGUUAUCUAUUGGAUUUAUUAGGAAAACAAAUUGAUAAUCCAAUUGUGGAAUUGUACAGAAAACGUUUUCCUUAUUACGAUAUCAUUCCCGAUGCCGAGCGUAAUACGGUGGUGUUUAAGAAAAGUGAUACUGAACAAUUCUCUGUCGAAGAGUUAAUAGCACAAAUUUUGGUCAAGGCCAAAGAAUUCGCCCAAGAUGCCACCAAUCAACCCAUAACGGAGUGUGUUAUAACCGUACCCGGUUAUUUUGGACAAGCCGAACGUGAGGCAUUGCUAACUGCUGCCCAGUUGGCCAAUUUGAAAGUAUUACAGUUGAUCAAUGAUUAUACUGCUGUCGCCCUCAACUAUGGUGUGUUCCAUCCUUCGGGCAUUAAUGAGACUACACAAUACUACAUUUUCUAUGAUAUGGGUGCUAGUCACACAUCAAGUGCCCUGGUGAGCUAUCAAUUGGUUAAGGACAAACAUACAAAGGAAACCAAUCCUGUUGUCCAGGUGUUGGGUGUUGGUUUCGAUCGCACUUUAGGUGGUUUGGAAGUCCAGCUGAGAUUGCGGGAUUAUUUGGCAGUCGAAUUUAAUGCCAUGAAAAAAACCAAAACAGAUGUCACCAAGUCGCCACGAGCUUUGGCCAAGUUGUUCAAGGAAGCUGGACGCUUGAAGAAUGUGCUUUCAGCAAACAAUGACCAUUAUGCGCAAAUUGAAAAUUUAAUUGAGGACCAAGAUUUCAAGCUGCAAGUGACACGCGAAAAAUUGGAAGAAAUUUGCUCGGACCUGUGGCCUAGAGUUAUCAAACCUUUGGAGCAAGCGCUUAGCAGUUCGGGCUUGACAUUAGAUGUGGUAUCUCAGGUUAUUCUAUUCGGUGGUGGCACUCGUGUUCCCAAAGUACAAGAAACCCUCAAGCAGUAUAUAAAACAAGAGUUGGGCAAAAGUUUGAAUGCUGAUGAGGCUGCCGCCAUUGGGGCUGUCUAUAAGGCAGCUGAUUUAGCCACCGGCUUUAAGGUGAAAAAAUUCGUUGUCAAGGAUGCCGUUUUAUAUCCCAUUCAAGUGACAUUUGAACGUGACCCGGGUGAGGGUGCCGAGGUGAAACAAGUGAAGCGUGUGUUAUUUGGUCUGAUGAAUGCCUACCCCCAGAAAAAGGUUAUCACUUUCAAUAAACACACCGACGAUUUUGAUUUCUUUGUCCACUAUGGCGACUUGAAUCAUCUGAGCGCAGAGGAACAAGCCUAUUUGGGUGGUUUGAAAAUCUCACGCGUGGAAUUGCAGAAAAUCAAGGAGCUUUUGGAAAAGACCAAAGAUGAGUCCGUGGAGGCUAAGGGCAUUAAGGCCUUCUUCACUCUGGAUGAUUCUGGUAUAUUCCGUUGCACCGGUGUUGAAUAUGUCUAUGAAAAACAAAAGGUGGAAACUGAAGAAGACGAUGAGGGAACUUUAGCUAAAUUGGGUAGCACCAUUAGCAAAUUAUUCUCCAAGGAUAAGGAGGAGGAAAAGAAAGAAGAGAAUAAGGAAGGCAGUAGCGGCAGUGCAAAUGAAGGCGAAGAGGCUAACAAAGAGGAAAGCACCAAGGAGACCGAAAAGAAUGAAACUAUGAAGGCCGCCGAAGCAGAGGCUAGCAAAAAGAAUGAAACCAUCAAAAUCGUCACCAUCAAGGAGCCAGUGGCCCAUACUUUGACUUUGCAGUUUACGGCUCCCUUGAGUGGCGAAGCUUAUGAAAAGGCAGCAGAAAAACUUGAUGCCAUUAAUAAGGCAGAGAAUCUUAGAAACCGUUUAGAAUCGUCCUUUAAUGCUUUGGAAUCACACAUCAUUGAUAUGCAACAAAAACUGGAGGAAGAGGAAUAUGCCUCUUGUGCCACCGAAGAGGAAAAAUCCAAAAUUCUGGCCGAAUGUUCGGCCAUGUCCGAUUGGCUAUAUGAGGACAUUGAAAAUCCCACUCCCGAAAUGUAUGAGAAUAAAUUGAAAUCUCUAAAGAAACUCACAGAUGUUUUUAUGGCCCGUCACUGGGAACAUGAUGAACGUCCCGAGGCCAUGAAAGCUCUAACGCGUAUGAUUGAGGGUGCCGAAGGUUUCCUAAAUAGUGCCAAAAAUCUCACCAAGGAAACCAAUCCAGAAAAAGAUGUUUUCACUCAGGUGGAAAUCGAUACACUCUCCAAAGUGAUUUCGGAUACAAAUGAAUGGAAGCAAACCGAAAGCCAGGCCCAGAAAAAACUAAAACGCCAUGAAAAUGUACGCCUUACCAUUAAAGAUAUCACCGCCAAAAUGUCCACCUUGGAUCGCGAAGUCAAGUAUUUGGUAACCAAAAUCAAUUUGUGGAAACCCAAAGUAAAGCCCACCCCCAAGAAAGACAAGAAGAAGGACAAGAAAGAGGGCGAUGAAGAGCAAAAAUCCGGCGAUGAAGAAGCAAGCAGCGGUGAUGAUGAGGCCGAAAAACCAAACGAACAAAGUGAGGAGCAAAAGGAGCAGCAAGUAGAGACACCCGAAGCCGAGGAAAAGAGUAGCCAAGAAACUGCACAAGACACGAGUGAGAAUACAACACCCACAGAUGAUGACCACACACCUCGAUCGGAUCUUUAAGUAGCUAACUAAAAGCAUUUGAGAUACAUGAGAAAAAAAUAUUUAAUUAUUUAAAAGACUGUGGUAUUUAAAACGUAUGUUAAAACGACAAAAACAAAAAUCAUUUAUUUAGGGACAUUCGAAUGGAUUUUUUUACAGCAUAGAGAGCAUGGAAGCUCCUAUAGUGCUCAAAAGUCCAUAAGAAUUGAUUUCUGGGAGAACCAUUCGAAUUUCUGUAAAUAAGUUAAGAGACCAAUUAUUCCAGCUCGUACAUUUAGAAAGCAAGCCAAGGCCAAUAAACAAUUUAAGAGACAUACAAAGUUGCAAAGACGACCGCGUUCACAAUACUUAAUAACCCCUUAAAAUGGAUUUAUUUGAUAAUUCUAUAAAGGAAAUCUGUCAGAUAAACCUAUUUCAAAUUUAUAUUGAGUAUUGUGAACACCGGUGUAAGCCUUUGACAGCAAAUUGUCUGGAAAACUUAAAUGGGUGUAGUAGUAUCAAAAACAAAAAACUUUUUAUAAUAUUCAAAUAUCAUAAAUUUCUUGUAUGUUCCUUAGUCAUUUCUCUUCUAUAAAUUACAUAAAUAAUGUACUUUGUAUAUGUUAUGCAGCUGGUUAUCACAAUUUGGUGUCUUAUGUUUUAAGUUCUAUUUAAUAAUUAAAAGUGAAAUACGUACAUAAUUCAUUAUUUCUACUACACUCUUACACUACGAGUGUUGUAUUUUUUUUUUAAAUAAAUAUAACAACUGGCCGAAGAAGAAGAUGAGAAAACAAAAAAACAACAAACACAUAAACCAUUCCGUCAUAAGUCUACUUCUCCCAAACUUUGCCAAUAGUAACCUAUCAAGGAAAAAGUGCUAUCCUUUAUCAAACAAAACCCCUCCCUCACAUAGCUUCUAUUGUAUUUUAAAGUUUCAAAUCCUUAAUUGUUCUCUCUUACAAGUUUGAAGUUUUUUGAUUACCAGAACCGCCCUAUCCCAAACACGCAUUCAACAAACACAUCUACACACGUAUUUCAUAAAAUGUUUUCAUCGAUUUACAAAGAAGUAUGAUAUACAUAAUUUAAAAUUAUUUAGCUUGAUUUCUUUUCUAUUUAUUUUAAGCUUAUUAAUUAGUUAAAAAAAAAGAAACAAAACAAAGAAAAUUAAAAGAAAAAAAUACACAAAAUUAAAAAAGGAAAAGCAACAACAACAACACGUAAUAAACAUCAAAAAUUGUAGAAAAACCAUAAA